GAUCAAGCGAGCAUCAUCCACGUCCGCCUACCGCAUUAAUUUCCACUCUAAAUGAACACCAACCACCCUAUCUUCUCACCAGGUUAUGACAGGUCAGUGUGAAAUGCCCGCACAGAAUCAUUAGAGUCUGUCACUUUCGUAAAUCCUCUCGUUUUAGAGCUGAACCUACCAAACCAUACUUUCAAUCACAUCUCUCCCACUUCAACACACCUCCCCAAACCCACUAAGGAUUCGACACCGGCCUCCCACCCCUCUUCCCCACCUCCACCCCCGCCCUCUGCGCAACCGUCUUCGCCUCCUGCGGCGCGCCCUCCAAGCUGCCCACCAGUGUAUUCCCCUCCCUCGUCGGCCCCGUCCUGCCCCAGUUCCCCGUAAUCGUAUUAUUCGCAGUGUUCACGCCAUUCUGCGCGUACCAUAUGCCACUCGACAACAACACGUUCUUCUGGAUAGCGUACGAAUUACUGCCUUCGUCGGUGUACAUGCCAAAGCCCGUGGAGUCGUAGGCGUAGUUUUCGCGAAUCACCGUGUUGGGGCUUUUACUCAGGGUAUACAAGGCGCCCAAGUCGGUGUGUGAGAGGCCGUAGCGGUGCAGAAGAUUUCCUUCGAUGCGAUUAUCGCGGGAAAUAGUUGGAGUCGAGUAUUUGGGCUGGUACUGGUACAAGCCUCGUUUCUCAUACUCCGAGCUUCCACCUGCAUCGUUCGAGCCCCAACCGUAGCCGUGGCAGAUGCCUGAAUACGGCGCUAUGUCGAUGUCGUUGUGCGAGAUGUUGGACGACUGGACGUAGCUUGCGAAGAUGGGUACGGUGGAACUGAAGAGCGAGGACACGUUGCGGAAGAUGUUGUUCUCGAUGGAGAUUUUUGAGUUCAGCAUUCGGCCAUCGCUCGGGUGGUGGGCGUCGGCUCGCACGCCGCCAGCUGUGAUGCUGUUGCCCAUGACUUGGGAGAAGAAGGCUUCGCGGACGGCUACGUUGCUUGCACCGAGCCCGACGCCUGAGAUGUGGGCAUUGGCGUCGUUGCCGAUUCCUACGCCUCCGCCGCCCAUUUGCGUGAAGUUGCCGCCUGUAAAGAAGACGUUGUUGGCUGCGCUGAUUUGAAUGGCGGAAGGCAUUUGGCACCAAUGCGGCCUUGAAGACUCGAAGUUUGCCGGAGUGUACGUUGUGUUCUCGCAGAGGUAACCGCCAGUCUGUUGAUCAACGUAGCCGAUCGAAGAUGGUGCGAGCCAUGUGCUAUGAGCCUGGCGAAGCAUAAGUAUCAGAUCAUCUAGAAAUUCAGUCGCUAUACUCAC